AUGGCCGCUCGCACUGACACCUCCCUCCCCCUGGAGUCAUGUGGGCAGAGACCAGCGCCCACCAGGUCCGGAGCAGAACGUCCCCUGGAGACGCACAGAUGCUGCCCUCUUCCUCUCGUCAUUAACUCGGGCUCCGAGGGGGUAAUUACGCUGGCUCAGGGCUCCGGACGCAGCCACAGCUUCACCCCUAUCUCCUCAGUCACCUCCUCUGCCCGCACCCUGCGCAUCCGACAGCUGCUAGCCCGCGCCCGGUCCCAUGUCGGUGAUCUGUUGUUUAUUAGCGUCAUUAGCAUCGGCGCGUCUCUGUGCGUUGUGUCAGCUAUGCUAGGUGUGGGUGAGUUCGCAGAUGCUGGAGAGACAUACUCCAGCAUUAACCUGCAGUCGUCAGCCGAGUGUCUUAUGAGCUCUGUCAGCGUGAGGCAACAGCAGCAGCAGCACGAGAAGGUGAACCUGUCUGCAACUGUCACUACAUUAAUCACCUCUGAAUGA